GUUCAUCAAGUUGUGAGAUUCGAGGGCACAAAGCGCAACGCGUGUUAUCGGCAGCGUAUAUAUUGCGCAUUGGAAUGCGCGCGCGCACACUCGCUUCCUUCGCGUCGUACGAUCCGUCCUCAUUACAAUUUUGACUGGUGCGAGAGUUGACUAGCGAGGUAGCUUGAAAUUACAAUGAGUUCAAGCGAGUUCAGAUUAGAGCGCAGCGUGGAGCUCUCGCCAGACACCAAAGAGUUGGCGGAAAAGGAGUUGAGAGAGACCCCGGAAAGAGUACGCGAAGCCUUGGAAAGGCUAAAGGAACUUCUUAAGGAAAACAAAGAUUUGUAUUUUCCAGACGACGAUGAGAUACUCACGAUUUUCCUGAGACCAUGCAAAUGGUAUCCGGAGAGCGCUCUUGCAUUGAUGAGACGCGUGGCAGAAUUUAAACGCGAUAAUGCACACUUGUUAGAUGGACUACUUCCUGAACAUGAGAAGGACGCCUUUCUAGACCAUAAAGUGGUGAAUGUGAUGAAAGGUCGCGACAAUAAGGGCAGAAGAGUUUUAAUCGUUAGUGUUGGAGGUUCAUGGGACCCGAAGAAAGUAAACGCAGAUCAGCUGUUCAGACUGUUCUAUUUGAUCCACUUGGCCGCCAUACUGGAGCCCGAGUCGCAGGUCAAAGGCACCGUUGUCAUCAUGGACUUCUACAACAUGGGAUGGACACAGACAAUGGGUCUAACGCCUGCGUUUUCCAAGAGGCUAUUAACGUUCAUCCAAGACGCCAUGCCUCUUCGCUUGAAGGAGGUGCAUUUCGUGAAGCAGCCCAUGAUCUUCAACGUCGUAUGGAACAUGUUCAAGCCUUUCAUCAGGGAGAAGCUUAAGAAUAGGAUUUUCUUCCACGGUUCCAAAAUGUCUUCUCUCCAUAAGUAUAUGGCGCCCAGUCACCUACCCUCGGAUUAUGGUGGUGAACUUCCGGCUAUCGACUACUCCGGAGCCGACUGGUAUCCGGUCAUCAACGAAAUUCUGCCUCAUGUGCAGAAUUGGAACAAGUACGGUUUCGUUAAAGACUCUUAGAUAUUAUAUAAUUAAAUUAUCGAAACAAACUAAUGAAGUAGAAAUUGUCACAUUAUAAAUAUAAUUAAUAUAAUUUAAUGGGAUAUUUUUCAAAUAAUAAUGUUUAGUGUUUAUAAUGUAAUAGCUGUUCAAGUAAUAAUGUUAAAUUUUUUAUUUAAUGGGAUAUUUUUCAAAAGACAAAAUAUCAUAUAAUCUCGUACCAACAUUAUUUUGAUUUUACAUCUAUUCUAUUUCUCUCAAUGAUAAGUUAUUGAUUUUAUACUCAUCGUGUUCUCCAUUUAUUAAUCAUAUUCUUCAUUUUGAAAUGUAAACAUCUUCAAGAUAUCGCUUUGAUCGUAUAUUUUGAUUCGACGGUGACAAUCACCUGACAAUCUUAAAUUUCUUUUUUUUUUCAUUUUCUGUUGAGAUGCUACCAUUCUUGUUUAGCUAAUAUUCUCCUUAAUUGUUUUUCUUUUAUACCAAUAGUUUCUUAUUUAUUUUCCGUUGUAUAUCUUUCUUCCAUUCAUUGUUUCAUUUCGUUUGUUCUCAUCCAUAAAUUUUUAUCGCCUUCUAUAAAUUUCAAUCAAUCAAUAUUUUUUGGAUUUCCAAUCACGUUUUCUACCUAAUAUUUAUUCGGUAUGUCAUUGUGUUAGAUAGCAGUAUUUUUAUAAAUAGCCAUUCCGCAUUUGUCUCAUAAUAUGUAUGUUAAUUUUUAGUUUCUAAUUAAAUGUUCAGUGUAUGACCAGCAUUACAUAAGGUGUUUAGAUAUCGUGAAUUUUAAAAAUUAUUUUGACAUGUGACCUUUGGAUACUGGGUUAUGACGUAAUUUUAAUUUUUAUAGAAUUCGGGGAUAUAUAUUUACGACAAUUGCAUUAUUCAUUGAAUUUGUUUUACAUAAUUGAAUUUGCCAAAUUAGUAGUAAACGUAGAAGAAGCAUUGCUAGAUUGUAAUUGUGAUUUAUAAAUUGAGAUUAAUCUGCAAUGAUUUUAAUUUACAAUCUAUUGUAAAUUAAAGUUUUCAAGACGCAUUACGUUAAUGUGAAUGACACGAGUUAUUUAUAAAGUGAUACGCACUAUGCAGUAUGGAUCUCCUGCCUGUUUUUGCCGCGAGCUAUGCGUUCCGGUUCGAAGGGUGGAUUAAUCGUUUAUUAAUUACAAAUUACCAAUUUUAUUUCAUGUCUCACGCCUUUGGGUGGCGCCAUUUUAAGAGUUCGGACUGUAAUAACAACGGCGUAGUUGUACGCAAAGUAAUUAAUGUUAACGUUUGACCAAUACCUUGCGUAUUUGAGAGAUAUCCGUUUUUUGGAGUGGGUGUAUUAACUAUCGGCAGCUGAAAGUCAUUUUUGGUUAAAAAACAGUAGUGUAUAUUAAAUAUAUGCUUGUCAUUGGUUUCUGAUAUUAUUUCUCUUCAUUCUUAGAUAUGAAAAUUAAUAGUUGCUUUCAUUUCAUUCAUUUUCGUAAAGGCGUUUAUGAAUAGGAGCGAAUUUCAUGACAUGUCUUAAAAAAAAAUUUUGUCGGAUUUUUGUGGGGUUACUUUUAAUUUUUAAAGUUUAUUUUACAUGUCAUACUAAUAUUAAGGCUGUGAUCCACAGUGUUUACUGAGCCAGUAAUUUAAUAAGAUACCAAAUGUAGAUUAGUAAGUUCAUGACAUUCUUAUAGUUUUAAGAUACUUUAAUUAAUAAAUAUGUAUAUCAAAAACAUACGUGGUUUUACAAAUUGAUGGAUUAAAAAAACAUGAAUGUUGAAAAACACAUUUUGUUUUAAUAUCUACUAGUAAUAACGAAAAAUUUAUAAAUGCGUGAUGUUGUUGUGCCUUUAAAAUAUUAUCGUUAAUGCUAAUUAAGAUGAAAAGAAAAUCCCCAACUUGCUCAAUAUUUUAAUACAACACGGAUGCAAAUAAUGUAUUUUGAUAGAUGAAAUAAACUUUCUUUGUAAUA